ACUAUUAGAUAGAUCUAGGGUUUAUAUAUAUUUUGCCGCUUCUUCUGCGUUUCCUCUUUUCCGAUUCGUGUUUUCCCGUCGGCCGGAGAGUUAUCGCAACCCUAAUCCGAAAUGGCGUCGGAGAAGAAGCUAUCGAACCCAAUGAGGGACAUUAAAGUGCAGAAGCUGGUUCUCAACAUCUCCGUCGGUGAGAGUGGAGAUCGUCUCACCAGAGCCUCCAAGGUGUUGGAACAAUUGAGUGGUCAGACUCCUGUCUUCUCCAAAGCUCGAUACACUGUUCGUUCUUUUGGUAUCAGACGUAAUGAGAAGAUUGCUUGCUACGUCACUGUCAGGGGAGAGAAGGCAAUGCAGCUUCUCGAGAGUGGACUGAAAGUUAAAGAAUACGAACUCUUGAGAAGGAACUUUAGCGACACUGGUUGCUUUGGUUUUGGUAUUCAGGAGCACAUUGAUUUGGGUAUCAAGUAUGAUCCAUCUACUGGAAUCUACGGUAUGGACUUCUAUGUUGUUCUUGAGCGACCUGGUUACCGUGUGGCACGUCGCAGAAGAUGCAAGGCUCGUGUUGGAAUUCAGCAUAGAGUGACAAAAGAUGAUGCCAUGAAAUGGUUCCAGGUGAAAUACGAAGGAGUCAUUCUCAACAAGUCUCAGAACAUUACCGGUUAAAACAGAUAUGUCAAACAAAGGGAUCUAUGAUCUGUUUUUCUUUCCCCUCAAUUCGAAUCAGUAUUUUCUCAGUUUUGUUUUGUUUCUCUGAUCUUCAUACACUUGAAUUUUCCUUAUAUAGAUAUUUGCCUAUCUUUA